UUCGGUCCGGCCUCCCGGCCCUUCCGCCCGGCUCUGCGGGCUGAACGGAGUGGUUCCGGGGCACGGGGUCCCGUUGCCAAGCGGCGGAAGGGAGAUGGAGCGCAUCGCGCUGCCCCCCCCCUCCCCACGGGAGCUGCCAUUGGCGCUGCUGGAGCUGGGCUGUGCUGGGGCCUUCGAGCUGGUGGUGGGACCCCCGGGGGGGGCACGGGCCCCCCCCCACCGAACCACACUCCCCCUGGGGAUCCCCCCUUUUGCCCCCUCCCUUGUUUCGGAGCUGGAGCAGCAGCUUUUGGGGUCUCCCGAGUGGCUUCCCCCCCACCAGCACGAGAGGGCCCAAAGGUAUGGGGGGUCCUAUGGGGGCGCCCGGAACCUCUUUGCCUUGGAGCCAACCCCGGUUAUGGGGGGGCUCCGGGCCCAAAGGGACCCCAAAAGUGGCUCCUUGAGAGGCUUCGUUGAGGAGCUGCUGCCCAAUGUGGGGCUCUCAGCCAAAAACUCGCUCUCGCUGCGCCGCCCCGGCCCCCCCCAAGAGAAUCUGUGGGGCAGCACCACCUCCUGCCCCUUCUGGCCAGCGGGGCUGGAUGAGCCCAGCCUGGAGCAGCUCCGUAUCCAUGGUGAUGAAGAGGAGGAUGUGGACUUCGACACUGACCUAUUGGUGACCCCCCCAGGGCUGAAGAGAGGUGUUGAGUACAAGGCUUCAGUUGGGGGCCGCAGUGGGGCUGGGGGGGGCCCCCUUUCUCUCUGCAGCCUCCUCCAGACCUUGGACCCCUUCGACUUGGGGGGCGACGAAGACAUUGGGGGGGGGGGUCCCCCCAAACCGGAGCCGGAGUUGGGGGGGGCCAUGGACACCCCAAAGAGGCUCCGCCCCCCAUUGCCCCAUAGCGACAGCGUGGAUGAGCUCCUGCAUCAGGAAGUGGGAGAGCCCGCCCAAGCCCCGCCCCCGGCCCCCCCCGAGGACCAAUGGGCUGUGGCCAUUGACACCAGUGAGCCAAUGGGGGACUUCGAGAGCCUGGUGCCUGACCCGGCCUUUAAGUGGCCCUUUAAGCCGGACCCCUUCCAGCUGCAGGCCGUGCUGUGCCUGGAGCGGGGGCAAUCCCUGCUGGCGGCCGCGCACACUUCCGCGGGCAAAACGGCCAUCGCCGAGUACGCCAUUGCCCUGGCACAGCGACACAUGGCCCGCUCCAUUUACACGUCUCCCAUCAAGGCUCUUUCCAACCAGAAGUUCCGGGAUUUCCGGAGCACCUUUGGAUCUGUGGGGCUGCUCACGGGGGACGUCCAACUGCACCCCGAGGCCUCCUGCCUGGUCAUGACCACCGAGAUCCUGCGCUCCAUGCUCUACAACGGCUCCGAUGUGAUCCGGGACCUGGAAUGGGUCAUCUUCGACGAGGUCCAUUACAUCAAUGAUGCUGAGCGCGGGGUGGUGUGGGAGGAGGUUCUCAUCAUGCUGCCCGAGCACGUGAAGCUCGUCCUGCUCAGCGCCACCAUCCCCAACGCCAUGGAGUUCGCUCAGUGGGUCGGCCGCACGAAGCGGCGGUGCCUGCGGGUGCUGAGCACCCAGCGCCGCCCGGUGCCGCUCCAGCACUUCCUGUACACGGGGCAGGGGCCCCGCAGCCGCGAGCAGCUCUUCCUGCUGCUGGAUGCACACGGGGCCCUCAACACACAGGGUUACUACGCCGCUGUGGAGGCCAAGAAGCAGCAGAGCAGCAAAGUGGGGCAGAACUUUGGGGCCAAGCACCCCACGAUGGCGUCAAUGACCCCGGGACAGGAGCGGGGGCUGUGGCAGGCGCUGCUGGGGCUGCUGCAGGCUCGGGGGCAGCUCCCCAUGGUGGCCUUCACGUUCUCGCGCGGGCGCUGCGACGCCCACGCCGCCGCCCUGGGCCCCACGGAGCUCCUGACCCCCGGCGAGCGCCAGCGGAGCCGCCUCUUCCUCCAGCGCUGCCUCGCCCGCCUCAAGGCCCCCGACCGACGCCUGCCCCAGGUGGUGGCCAUUGGGGAGCUGCUGCAGCGGGGCAUUGGGGUGCACCACGGGGGGGUCCUGCCCCUGCUCAAGGAGGUCGUGGAGAUGCUCUUCAGCCAAGGGCUGGUCAAGGUGCUCUUUGCCACUGAGACCUUCGCUAUGGGGCUGAACAUGCCAGCCCGCACGGUCGUCUUCGACUCCAUCCGCAAGCACGACGGGAACAACUUCCGGGACCUGCUGCCAGGUGAGUACAUUCAGAUGUCCGGGCGCGCCGGGCGCCGGGGGCUCGAUGCCAUGGGCACCGUGAUCAUCCUGUGCCGGGGCAGCGUGCCCGACCUGCCCGACCUGCACCGCAUGAUGCUGGGCCGCCCCACACGCCUGCAGUCCCAGUUCCGCCUCACCUACCCCAUGAUCCUGAACGUGCUGCGGGCGCAGGAGCUGCGUGUUCAGGACCUGCUGCGCCGGAGCUACGCUGAGUUCCCGCUGCGCCGCGAGCAGGAGGCUCAGGCUCGCCGCGUGACUGAGCUGCAGGGGGAGCUCUCUGCGCAGCCGGAGCCCCGCCCCGGAAGUGACGUCGAACGCUACCACGACGCCGUGGGGGCGUUGCGGAGGGACCGGAAGGAGCUCAUGCGGCGCUUGGCGGACUCGGUGGCCGGGCUGCGGGUGCUGAGCCCCGGGCGGGUGCUGGUGGUGAGCACCCGGAGGCACCGCAACGCGAUGGGGCUCAUCCUGCAGGUCACCCAGAGCCCCUCAGGCCGUGUUUUCACCACCUUGGUGCUCACGGAGAAGCCCCCGAGGGGGGGGGGGAGCCCCCUGCCCCCUGAUGCCCCCCUCCCCGAGGAGCUGCUGCUCACCCGCCUCUUCGUGCCCGAUGGUCCCUGUGGCCACGCUUUGGAGCAGCUCCAGGCCGAGGAUUUUGGGGGGGUCACGGCCAAGACCCUGAAGGUGAACCCCGAAACCCUGCUGCAGGAGCUGCGGCCCCGCAACCAGCACAGGGACAG